ACCCUUGGUGCGUAUUUUUCUUUUGAGCUUCGGCCGUCUCGUCGUUUUUGUCUUUUACGCUGUCGAUAUAGUGCAUUUCCCGCUCACAUUUCUUUACCAUUUUAUCUUAAAAUGUUUUCAUUGCGUACCAGUCGCCUUAUUCAGACUGGCGUGCUCCGCCGAUUCCAGAGCACCCUGGUGGUGGCCGAACAUGCCGACAGCAAGCUGAACGCGGCCACGCUGAGUGCCGUCACGGCAGCCAAACAGGUCGGCCAUGAGAUCACCUGCAUCGUGGCUGGAGCCGACUGUAAACAGGUGGCUGCCGAGCUCUCCAAGGUGGGCGGCGUCUCCAAGCUGCUGGUGGCCGAGGACGCGGCGCUCGAGGGACUGCUCCCAGAGAGGGUGGCGCCCGUCCUGCUGGCUGCUCACAAACAGUUCAACUUCUCUCAUAUCAUCGCCGGUGCCACCGCAUUCGGCAAGUCCGUGCUGCCUCGCGUGGCCGCCAAGCUGGAUGUGUCGCCCAUCUCAGACAUCACCGGCAUCCAGGCGCCCGACACCUUCGUGCGCACCAUUUACGCCGGUAACGCCAUCCAGACUCUGAAGGCCAAAGACGCCGUGAAGGUGUUGACUGUGCGCGGCACCAGUUUCGAGCCGGCUGAGGUCUCCGGCGGCAGCGCUGCGCCAGAACCGCUGGCUGUCGAUGUUGACAAGAAUUCGUCAGAGUACAUCGGCCAGGAGCUGAGCAAGAGCGACAGGCCCGAGCUGACUAGCGCCUCGAAUGUGGUCAGCGGAGGACGCGGCCUGAAGUCCGGCGACAACUUUGAGCUGUUGUACAAGCUGGCCGACAAGCUGAACGCGGCCGUGGGCGCCUCUCGCGCUGCCGUCGACGCCGGCUUUGUGUCCAACGACAUGCAGGUCGGCCAGACGGGCAAGAUCAUCGCGCCGGACCUGUACGUUGCCGUCGGUAUCUCUGGCGCCAUCCAGCACCUGGCAGGAAUGAAGGACUCCAAGACGAUCGUGGCCAUCAACAAGGACGCAGAGGCGCCCAUCUUCCAGGUUGCGGACCUGGGACUGGUGGCAGACCUCUUCAAGGCAGUACCGGAGAUGACCGAAAAGCUGUAAAAUAACGCACACGAGGACUGGUUGGUAUCGUAUAACGAUCGUCAGUGCGCCGAACGGGAGGGGAAUCAUGACCCUAGUACUCGCAACCGUGUGACACUGCGCGGGACGGCCGAACAGCAGAGUGUGUUCGGUUAGACUACCGUGCGGUCCCUCGGUGAGAGUUGUGGGGAACGGCGCAGCGCCGGGGAAGGCUUGUGCCAGAGCAAUGCAAUAGGGCCGUCAGAUGUUGAUACGGAGGUUUUACAGAACGCGGGCUACUCAUAAAGGCGGUAAUUAUAUGAGAGUGGUGAUAUACCUCUGUAAAGUCUGUAUGUUACGACUCUGGCCGUAGUGUAAAUACAUGUACAGGUCAGUGC